AUGUCCCACCACAUCACCACCCACGACGCAACCGGCAAAGCCGUCUACUCCCACGCCUCAGGGACCCGGGAAUUGCACCAAUCUCUGUUCCUGAGCCCGCGCGUCAUCACACCAGACAAGGGCACCUCAGCGCUCGUCACGGCUCUCAACCCCGGCGAGGAGUGGCCGAUGCACAGGACCAUGACGUUUGACGUGGUGUAUAUGCUCGAGGGCGUGGUGGAACUGGACCUCGACUCCGGGGAGAAGCGGGUCGUGCGGGCCGGCGACUCGGUCACGCAGAGGGGGACGAAGCAUAAGUGGGUGAAUGUCACGCCGGAUGGCGGGGUGACCAAGUGGAUUGUCUUUGCGCAGGCUGCCGGGGAUGUUGUUCAUGCUGGGGGGAAGAGUCUUUCCAACGAGUGGGAUUGA